GCCCCGCCGCCAUGCCGCGCCGCGGGAGGACGGGAAGAGGCGGUGCGGCCGCGGGUUGUGCUUCCGGGCCGGCAUUUUGGCGACGUGCGAGGCGGGAAAUGGCGGGCUCGGUCCCCGCCGGGCGGGACGCGCGGGUGCGGUGCUGUGUGCGGCGCGGGCUGGCCGAGGUGAUGGCGCUGUGCGAGCCCCUCCUGCGGGCCCUGGAGCAGGGGCAGCCCGGCGGGGCCGCCGCCGCGGGAGACGCGCUCUGGAACUUCAAAACAGCGGUGCAGGAGAAUGUCACCGUCAAUGGGCAGCCCUGGGAGGAGACUAAUGAUGACUCCAAGCCGCAGAGUGGUUCCGACAUUAAAAUUCUUGAAGAUCAAUUUGAUAAACUAAUAGUAGUGACAACAACAAAGCGUAAGCAGUGGCCUAAAAGGAUACUGGUUCAUGCUACCCGAACCAUGAAAGCAGAGCAAGAGUUGUUGAUGCUCUACCAGCCUGUGGUACCACCAGAGGAGAUAAGAUCACCACCUUCUCAAGAUGCUUACAUCGCAGAUCUGAAGCAGAUGAUGGAAACGGCAUCCAAACACAUCAGAGAAGUAAUGAAGUCUCUCCCAGGACUAAUAGAAAGAGCAGAAGGUUUUUCCCAAGCAUUAACUUGGCAACCAACCUUGGAACUCUGCAAGCUGGAGCAAGAAAGUCUUUUGCUUGCAAACAGAGAAGAAACCAAUGUCCAGAACUUCUUCUCACCAGCAGAAGUCACACCAACAGACACUGACACCAAUAAAAAUGUUUUGCUUAAAAGAAGAAAGCUGCAGCUUCACCAGAAAGGAGACGCUACCCACCCCCCACUUCGACGGAGGAAGAUUGCUCUCAGCGCCUGAACUUCUCUUGAGCUAUUUUCAGCUUGGAAUCUCAGUUGUGCUCUUGUCAGUGUGCUCAGGCUUUCUCUUAAAACUUCGUCUCCCCUCUAAUGCAGUGCUGUACGUGGGAGCUUCCUCCAGUUACUUAGCCUUUGAUCCUUCUAAAUAUUUCUAUUUUUUACUGUCGCACUGGGGGUAUAUGAAAGCCUGCACAUACCAGUAGCAUCCGAUACCCAGCAAAUGGAUUGCUGAUGAACUCUCCUUGUUUGCUCUUUAUUCCAGCAUUUAGCUGAGUCCUCAUGCUGUGCACAUGCUUUAUAUAUGUGGGCCCCUCUUUUGGUAAACCACUAAGUGCUCUUUUACAUUAAGCAUGUCUCUAAAGAGAUUGGAGACUGUCUCACUGUCCUAAUGCACCUUCAUUUAGUACUCGAGUUUGGGUGGCUAUUUUUUAAAUAAGUGAAUUAAAAGGAAAUUCACUGGAGUGUAUUGAAAACACCAGUUUUGAUACGAUGUCACAGGUUUUAGAAAAUCCACACACAAAUGGGACAUUGGCCCCUGCUACUCCAGCUUUGCUGAACUCAGGUCAGCUGGGCUUAUUUAUAGUCAUGUUUGGUUAAACUUGGGGUUUUAGCAGUUGUACAUACUUACUUGUAGUGUGCUCUUCUGAACAGGGAUUCAACCAUCCACAUCUUCCCAUCAGCUAUUUCACUUCAUGUAAGCCAAUUACACAGCUGGGGGUUUCCUGGGCAAUAGAGCUACACGUUACUGGAUCUUGGCUUGGGUCACGUAUGCAUUUGGGGUGUUUGACUAGACUGUAAAGAUCAGUAUAGGCUGCCAGGUACUAAGUUGAGCUAGCUUGAUUUAUUUCUUUGUACAUUAGUUUGCACAGUAGCACUAAAUUGAGCAUUGUGCCUUAACCGGUCACAACUUGUUCUGCUUUAUGGUUGCAUGUGCUUGUAGUAUGUACUUGUGUCUGAUACAUAAUGUAUGUCUCGCACAGUAAAUGGAGGGGGGCUUUUAGAAGCUUUAUUGAUGAAAUGUACUGUGUGUAGAAGAUAGUUCCAACUUCAUGUCUAAGAGACAAAACGUUCAAGAAAACACGUGUGACAGAUUUUAGCAUCGUUUCUUUUGGAAAGGUGGGCACCUGUAUGAGACUUUGUAUAUUUAAUCAUCUGUAAAUACUUGCUUCCUGUCGCUCUUGUAUAUUCCAACGUGUGUUUUUUAUACCAAGUAAAUUAAAUCAAUUCAGGAAGA